CUCGGGGAAAGAGGGCUUAGUUUUGCAUGUUCCCAUCCAUCCUGCACGACGCGAAAGGCCCCUUAUCCACCUCUCCUGUGUACUAGGAACACCUCUACGGUGAUCAGCCUUUGCCUGUGUUUGUCUUGUGGAGAAGCAGCACCUUUUCAGGAGUGGUUUAUUCAACUGUGUCCUAAAGGUUUUGGAUGCGGUGCUUCGGGGAUGUUGCCACUUUGAGAGCAUCACCCAAAUACAAACAACAACCAUCGAUUUUUCUGUGAAUAGGAAAACCAAAAAGGAACAAUAGCUACAACAACAACAAAAAACUUGUCGAUUGAACAAUUCACUUUUCCAGUCUGUGGAUACCACUCUUACUAAGUACAGCACUUUGAGAAUUGUUCACAUCGUUUCAACCCAGGACGGACUGAAGAGGGAGGCAAGACCUGUGGACCGGGUUUUCCCUCGCAAGUCUGAUACGGCUCUUAAUACUUAUCCUGUAAACCCUGAAGGAUAACACGUUUGGACGCUUAUUCGGCAAAUUUCGCAGGAGGCUUUUUACACGUAAAUUGUUCUAAAUGUUUGGGAUUCAGGAAACUAUACCGCGGGGUGGGACAACGAUGAAGGAGGAACCGCUGGGUGGACUGAAUCCAGUCCGCUCAUGGAUGCACACAGCUGGGGUGGUGGAUGCGAACACAGCCGCCCAAAGCGGUGUUGGCUUGGCACGGGCACAUUAUGAAAAGCAGCCGCCUUCCAACCUCAGAAAAUCAAAUUUUUUCCAUUUCGUCUUGGCGCUGUAUGACAGACAGGGUCAACCAGUGGAGAUCGAACGGACAGCCUUUGUGGACUUUGUGGAGAAAGAUAAAGAACCUAACAGUGAAAAAACUAACAAUGGGAUACAUUAUAAACUACAAUUAUUGUACAGCAAUGGCGUCAGAACAGAACAGGAUCUUUACAUACGGUUAAUCGAUUCCAUGACGAAGCAGGCUAUUAUUUAUGAGGGUCAAGACAAGAAUCCCGAAAUGUGCAGAGUUCUUCUCACGCAUGAAAUCAUGUGCAGCCGGUGUUGUGACAAGAAGAGCUGCGGGAACAGGAACGAGACUCCUUCAGACCCUGUGAUCAUCGACAGAUUCUUCCUAAAGUUUUUCCUCAAGUGCAAUCAGAACUGUCUGAAGAAUGCAGGGAAUCCCAGAGACAUGCGCAGAUUCCAGGUUGUCGUAUCAACAACCGUCAAUGUGGACGGCCAUGUCUUGGCUGUUUCAGACAACAUGUUCGUCCACAACAACUCUAAGCACGGGCGAAGGGCUCGCAGACUCGACCCUUCAGAAGGUACGCCUCCUUAUCUGGAGAAUGCAGCCACCCCGUGCAUCAAGGCCAUCAGCCCCAGCGAGGGCUGGACCACCGGGGGAGCCACCGUCAUCAUCAUAGGGGACAACUUCUUCGACGGCCUGCAAGUCGUGUUCGGGACCAUGCUCGUAUGGAGCGAGCUGAUCACCCCCCACGCCAUCCGCGUCCAGACUCCCCCCAGGCACAUCCCUGGAGUGGUGGAAGUCACGCUGUCCUACAAGUCCAAGCAGUUCUGCAAAGGUGCCCCCGGGAGGUUCGUCUACACCGCCCUGAAUGAGCCGACCAUCGACUAUGGCUUCCAGAGGCUGCAGAAGGUCAUCCCCAGGCACCCCGGUGACCCUGAAAGGUUACCAAAGGAGGUCUUACUGAAAAGAGCAGCUGACCUGGUUGAAGCCCUAUAUGGGAUGCCACAUAAUAACCAGGAGAUUAUCCUGAAGCGGGCAGCUGACAUUGCUGAGGCCCUGUACAGCGUACCCCGCAACCACAACCAGAUCCCCUCACUCGCCAACACCGCCUCCCAUGGCAUGAUGGGAGUUAACUCCUUUGGCAGCCAGCUAGCCGUCAACGUAUCCGAGUCACAGGGGAACGACCAAGGUUGGUGGACCACAACCACUGCAUCUACUUUACCCCCUCAUUCAGAUAAAGCAGUGGGCUACAGCCGGAACACCAGCAGUGUGUCCCCUCGUGGGUACAUCUCCAGCAGCACCCCCCAGCAGUCGAGCUACAACACCGUCAGCAACAGUAUGAACGGCUACGGAAACGCUGGCAUGAACCUGGGAGUGCCCAGCUCUCCCGGCUUCCUCAACGGAUCCUCUGCCAACUCCCCAUAUGGAAUUAAACAAAAGAGCGCCUUUGCCCCUGUGGUCCGACCCCAGGCCUCCCCACCCCCCUCCUGCACCAGCGCCAAUGGCAACGGACUGCAAGGUGAGCCCCCCUCACCCCCCCAUCCCUUCCCUACGGACUACUGGUCAGAUACCGCUGCUCAGGCCUCAGUCCGGUUCGCUAUGUCCGGCCUGGUUGUUCCUCCCAUGUAAAUGCACUUUCCCCUUCUCAAGCACCAGUCUACCCCCCCACCCCCCCAAAAAAAACACACACACACAGACACACACACACAUGCACACAGACACAGGACACCCCUUUAGCACACAAAGAAGAUGCUGGUGUAGUCCAUAGUCAACAGCGUAUUCUGUUUGUAAUGAAAAUGGGGGGGGGGGGGAGAACAAACAACAUUCUUAUAAAGACAUUUUCACAAAUUCGAAUUUUGGACCUGUAAAGGAUUUCAUGAGGACCACCAUUUUAGUGACCAAUAUUUUUUGUUGCUCAUUUUCCAUUUUAUCAACCUUGAAGAGGACAAAGGACGAUGAAGUGUUUAUUUUGUAUACCUGUUGGGUUGUACUUUUGCCUCGGCUAUUUCCCCUGAAUCACACAUACUGUACUGGAAGGAACUCUGUGGACUGAACAGUUGGUUUUAAUGUAAACACUGAUGUACAGUACAUUUACCUAUGAACUUGUUUGCCUCAGAAAUUGUUUUCUGUUUCAACUAUCUUUUAAUAGAUUCACAACAGUUGUGUGUCUUUAUAAUGUGACUUUUUUGUAUUUUUAUGUGUGAAAAAAUACACCGGGGCCAAGAAAGUUUGAAUUUCAACUGGAAAAUAUAUGAAAUAUAUAAUGUAGAAAAUCAAUCAUAAAAUACAACACUUACAAAUUAAAUGGGGAGGGGUUGAGUGGGCAAGAUUGUAUCCUGAUUCAUUCCUGCAUUUUAAAUUAAAUUUGUAAUUUAUUGUAGCUAGAAAUCAUCUUCAAAAGUAAAACAAUUCUCUUGGAUUCAACCAGAACACUGGCGUGUAUAGAACGCUUGGCUGUGUUGAUGAAAAACUAUGUACUUCCAUGUCUAGAGCUUCCUUUUAAGCAAGUGUGUUUUGCCAUGUUUUUCAACCCUUUUGCUAGCACUGUAUAUUAAUGCGUUCUUAGGCUACUGUGAAGUCUGUUUCUUGUUGACGAGGGCCAUCCUCUUCCCUCUAGCUCCAAUUCCCUUAUGUGUUUUAUAUGUGGUAUAAAUUGUAGACUAUUGUGAUAUUGCCAAACUUGUGCUAAAUAUUUAUACAUCUGUCUUUUUCAUGUUAUUUUAGACCAACAAAAAACAUU